UAAUGGGGCUAUUUGGCGGUAAUAUGUAAUUUUACUUGUCCAUUAUUUAUCGUAUUUGGCUGUGAAAGUUUGCGUGAUAUUAUCGCUAAGUAAAAUAAAAUGCAACAGCGGCAUUAUUUAGACAUUUUGAAAUAGACUACAAACUAUUUUGCAAAUCUUUAGGAUGAAAAAUAACACGUCUGACGUCCUCUUUCGCAAUCUCAAUUGAUUGUUCAUUUCAGUUCUGAAAUGACAGCAGAAAAAUUAUUAUUUAGCGCGUUAAAAUUAUGUGGAAGGAGAAUUGUUUACAAUUUAGGUUCAAAUGGACCGGUGUCGUCGUGGAUUCGUUGUGCGGGAAAUAGGAAUUUCAGAAGGUGGAUUCCGCAGCUUGGAACGAUUCGACCACACCAUAACCGCCACAACUCAAACAACGGUUUAAAAUUUGUCAUCGGAGGAAAUGCCAUGUUUUUCGGAUUAUUUGGUUCGGAUGAGUCGGACGAUGAAAAAGUGCCGGAUUUCAUUAUGACUAUGAAACGAUCUAUAUUAAUGAUACAGGUGAAAUGUGAUAUCAGUCGAACGUAGCAGACGAUUUUAUAUUUCAGAAAGGAGAAUUUAAAAAAGCGGAGCAGUUGUUGCACGUAGCCCUUCGCCAAGCUCAGGCACUUCAGAAUCACCAGGCAGUCACAUACAUCUAUGACUUGAUGGCAAAUUUGGCUUUUGACCUUGGAGAGUACAAAAAAGCAGAGGCCCUCUUUGUCUCUGUAAUGCAGAGACUGAUAUCAAAUGGCACGCCAGAAAAUGAUAUAAAGGUUCUACACAUGAGUCUAAAAAUGGCUAAGAUAUUUGAACAUCAAGGGGAUACCGGAAAGGCAGAGCAUGGAUAUACUUUUUGCCUAAAGCAUCUCCAAGAUAAGGUAGACAAGGGGGACGAAGAUGAGGAUGUUAUUGUUCUUUGGGCUAUGACCAUGGAUUGGUACGCCAGACUCCUUUUGUCUCAGUCUAAGCAUGACAAGGCAUUUGAAUACUUUCUCAAAGCUUAUGAAGUUUCACUGAAAAUUAAUGGAGAGAAGCACGAGCAGACCGCUGUCUUAUUGAAUGAUCUCGGCACAAUAAGUUUCAUGAAAGGAGAUAACGAUGGAGCGAUCGAUUACUUAACUAAAGCUACAGAAAUUGGAAAGGAAUUACCAGAGAUGGAAGAGCUUGGUUCAAUUCAUGUCAAUCUGGGAAAUGUUUUCAUGAAAAAAGGUCUUUACGAUGCAGCUAAAAAAUCAUGUCAGGAAGGCUGGAGAUUAUCAAAAUCUCGGAAAAAUAAAGAGUCUUUGGUAGAAGCAAACGAUUGCCUGGAUGAGAUUAACAAACUACUUUCUUCUUAGAUUCACAUAUGUAGCAAGAGUUUUAUUAAUAUUUGUUAUCUUGGUGAGUUGACUCUUUGUAUUAUUUUUUUGUGGCCUCAUAUUGAACAUAAUUGUACAGUCCGAGAUUAUUCAAAAAUAUGUGUCAAGUUUUUCAACAUAGGUUCUAGUAAUGAGUAUUCUUUGGAACAGCACUAUCAAUUUUGUUUCAACUCUUUUAUUUUAAUAACUUUCGGUGCUUAAGUUAUUCAGCUUCUACAACGGUUGAGUACUGUAGAAACUGCAAAGUCGAUACGAGUUUAAAGUUUAUAAUGUCAAUGCAAUAAUGUAUUUUUAGGAUAAACAAACCGUUUUGUCACUACUUCAGGAUUGUUUGAAAUUCAGUAAACCAUAAUCAAGCAACUAGACACUCUGAUAUUUUGAAAAUAUAACUACGUACUGAAAAGUCAUUUAGAAACUACAAAAUAGUGAUUUUUUUAAAUUUUUCAUUAUGUUAACAUUACUAAAUUCAUCCUCGUAAGUUAAUUGAAUAAUUAUUAACAUUUGGCACCUGAUAUAUUUUUGGUUAGGUGUUUUGUUUUGACCUCAAUGACACUCAAUAACAGAUAAUAUCAAAUGCGCAAUUAUAUGCACUAAAAAUGCCACAUUACAAGUAAAUCAUAAAAUCUCAAGCACGUUUUACUUAGUUUGUGUAAAAUAUGACUGAGUAUUCCUACUUCUAAGUGAUUAGUCUGAAAUAAGUGUUUGAAAGGUACUUUACUGCAAAAGCAUAUUUCCAAUUUACGUACGAAUACUGAAACAAUGAUAGGUUUCAUAUAAUUAUUCAACAUUAGUAUAUAUUGUAGUUCAACUUUAAUGUCGUGUGAUGUAUGCGUGAAUAUCCUCAAGUUAAUAAUGACUAUAAUAAUUAUUACAGCAACUGGAUUGCACAGGAAUUUGUUUUCACAUCAUAGCUAAAUUACGUCUGAAUCUACUUAUAGUUAUAUAAAAAUAAAUUAUACACGGUUGAAAUCCGCGAGCUUUGCAACUACUCACAUCUCUUGAUACCGAACAAAUCUCAACAAUUUUACUCACAUAAUCUUCAAGAAUUGUUCCCGAUGUAUAG